UGUACUCUGCCCUUAUUUAUGUCUCACAGAGGAGUCCUCGGUUUCUCUGCGCUGAUACAGCAGCGGACAGUUUCUAUGUAUUUUCUCUCUCCGUCGUCUCAGAGCAGCGCUAUUUUCCCUCCGCAGCAGCUUUUUGUCGACAUAAUGUCAGAUUUCGAGGAGUUUGAGAAACAACUGAGCGAGAACCGACAAGAGAGGGAGAGGGAGCGGCACAGGAAGCGGAGUCGCAGCGGGUCUGCAGGCCGCGGCGACAAGCAUCGCAGCUGGAGCAAAGACCGAGGGAGCCGCAGCCGGGAGAAGAGGAGCCGCAGCCGGGACCGGAAGAGCCGGGACCGCCGCAGCUCCUCCAGGGAGCACAAGAAGCACAGCCGCUCACCGAGGAGAACGAGAAAGAAAAAGACGUGUAAAUACUGGGAUGUUUCUCCUCCGGGCUUUGAGCACAUCACACCGAUGCAAUACAAAGCUAUGCAAGCGGCGGGUCAGAUCCCGACUAUAGCUCUGCUGGCUACCGCCGCCGCCACCGGAGUGGCUGCCGCGCCCGCGCAAGUUCCCAUCGUCGGCAGUCAGAUGACGAGACAAGCCAGGCGGCUGUACGUCGGGAACAUCCCGUUUGGUGUGACGGAGGAGUCGAUGGCAGAGUUCUUCAAUGCUCAGAUGCGUCUGGCAGGCCUCUCUCAGGCGCCCAGCAACCCGGUUCUGGCCGUCCAGAUCAAUCAGGACAAAAACUUUGCUUUCCUGGAGUUCCGGUCGGUGGACGAGACGACGCAGGCCAUGGCCUUUGACGGGAUCAUCUUCCAGGGUCAGUCGCUGAAGAUCCGACGGCCUCAUGACUAUCGGCCGUUACCUGGGAUCUCGGAGCAGCCGGCCUUCCAUGUCCCAGGCGUCGUCUCCACAGUCGUUCCUGACUCGCCUCAUAAACUUUUCAUCGGAGGCCUUCCUAAUUACCUUAACGACGACCAGGUGAAGGAGCUGCUGACGUCGUUCGGGCCGCUCAAAGCCUUCAACCUGGUGAAGGACAGCGCCACAUCGCUGUCCAAAGGUUACGCCUUCUGCGAAUACGUCGACAUCAGCGCCACCGACCAGGCGGUCGCCGGGCUCAACGGGAUGCAGCUGGGCGACAAAAAGCUCAUCGUCCAGAGGGCCAGCGUGGGCGCCAAAAACGCUAAUCCUACCUCCGUCAUCGAGACGCCGGUGACGCUGCAGGUGCCGGGGCUGCAGCGGCUGCAGAACUCCGGCCUGCCCACUGAGGUGCUGUGCCUUCUCAACAUGGUGAUGCCGGAGGAGCUGGUGGACGACGACGACUACGAGGAGAUCCUGGAGGACAUCCGCGAGGAGUGCUGCAAGUACGGCAGCGUCCGCUCCAUCGAGAUCCCGCGGCCCGUCGACGGCGUGGAAGUCCCCGGCUGUGGAAAGAUCUUUGUAGAGUACGUUUCUCCUGCAGACUGUCAGAAAGCCAUGCAGGCCCUGACCGGCCGUAAGUUUGCUAACCGAGUGGUGGUGACCAAAUACUACGACCCGGACAUGUACCACCGACACGAGUUCUGAUCCACCACCGACACGAGUUCUGAUCCACCACCGGCACGAGUUCUGAUCCACCACCGACACGAGUUCUGAUCCACCAGACCGCCGGUCGGCCCGCUUCCUGUUCCUCCUCUGGAGGGAAGCUGGAAAACCGUCUCUGUGUCAUUGUCCUGUUAACCCGGAGCGCCACAGAGUCCAGGACCUCAGAUUAAUUCAUCCAGAUUAAACACAGCGUGGCGUUUCCAGGGAAUCGGGAUCAAUCUGGGAUUUCAGACAGGAAAGUUUUAAGUCUGGAAAACAAAAUCAGAAAAAGUUUGGAAAUUAUAUUUUUCAAGACAGUUUCCAUUCCGUCCGCCCUGCUGUCUCUUUCCUUCCCAACUUUCCUUUAUUGUGUCAAAUAUUUCUCAUUUCUUUACUCACAUCCUUCAUUCCUUCCCAACUUUCUUCCUUCCUUUUGUCCAUCCAUCCAGAGCACAAACGUUUUUUAUUUAUUCUACGUUUAAAACCCCAUCAUGAAAUGUUGCUGCAGUGAAAUAUUUAUGGAAUUUAUUAACUGAAUAUAUCCUGCUUUUUGCCCCAUAUGUUAUUAAACCUCUACUGUGCAGGUUUGCUGCUAAAGUAAAUUAUGUAAAUAUGAAACGAUAGUUUGGAAAUGAAAGCACACAAACUUCAAGCUGCUCCAGUUACCCAGAUGGAAACUUGACCGUUUGCUAAACCUUUUUUAUUUAAGAUCUAUAUGUAAGUUAGGGUUCUAACCCCUAUGAAGUGAUAUAUUUACAUGUAUUUAAUUAUAUUUUAUUAUUUUACAAGUCACAUCUGACCAUCAGUAGAUCUACAGACCGUGUAUUUUUAGCUGCCACCAGUAGGGGGCACCAGAGCACAUAAAGAGUGAAGACUUAACAAAUGGUCAAUUUUAAUAGAGUAUUGAACAAUUUUUCCUAAAUUUCUAAGCACUUUAAAAACAGUUAAACAGAUGUUUAGAGUAGCACCUUUCUAGAUCUGUAGAAGAUGCACUGAAUAAUUCACCGUUUUAUUGCUGUUGCAUCCUGAAAUGACUUUAAAAUCUUCUGCUCUGAAAUUAAAGCACCUGAGCAAACAUUGUCUUGGAUAAACAGAAUAACUUCUGUUUCUGUGUAAAUGUGUGUUUUAUUGUGUGAAUCAAACAUAUCAGCUGGUUUGAAGCAGCUACUGUGUGUUUUAUAUGCGACUCGGAUGUGAAGGAAGAGGAAAGUUUUUAGUUUCUGUAACCUCCUGCCACUGCCUCCAAUAAACGCUCGUCUCCCUAUAUUCAGCUGUUUAUGUGGAUUUUUCUGUACAUAUUGAACACAAAUAAAUUAAAAUAUUACACUACUUGA